AUGAGUCCGAGCACAGCUUCGGAUCCCGCUGCCACGCCACGCGGUCCGUGGCAGCGGGACGGCCAAGGACACGUGGAUGCGAAGGACGCGGUGCUGAAGGAGGUGGACCUCAGCCACAUGACCUCGUGCGCGCCGCGAGUCAAGGACGCGGCGGAUUACGAGAGGGAGGAAGAUGCGUACUGGGCCGCCGAGUCGCCCAUGGCUGCCGCCCUGGCGUCGUCCAACCCGCCAGUGCAGCCGGACUACAAGGAGGCCCUGUACGACCUCGCAAACCACAGCUGGCGCCAACUUGGCGACGUCCACGUCAUCAGCGAGGGAGAUGACGUCAGAGCAAGCGACGAGAAACCCGUUGUGGCGCGAGCGCCCAUCCAAGGAGCCAUGGCCGCUGGCUUUGCCAGGCUUGACGGGUUGGGUGACCCCGAGCCGUGGGUUUGGGGGGAGGCACAAGCCCGUGCGAGUGACGGGGCUGCUCUUGAGCGCUCUGCAAGUGUCGGAGGUGCGUCUCGCAACACUGUUCAGUGCGGCGCCACGAUCCGUUCAUGCAUCCAACACCACCCGCCGGUCCUGCACGAGCGCCGCUCCUCUGGCGACUUCUCGCUCUUCCACUUCCCCGUGCUGCCCCGCGAAAGCGCCCCUGUUCACGAGGCACCGCCAGUGGCGAGCAACGCUUGCCCUCGCAGCCACACGGCGUGGACUGGCACCGGGCCGGCGGGCGGCGGAGAGAACGAGUACCGGCUGUUCUCCAGAAGCUCCAAGGGCGGCAGGCCGGGCAUGGCCGCGGUUCGCAUGGGAAGGGCGGGAGGAGAAGGCUUUGGGGGGCUCUCUGUGCCCGUGAUGUGA